GAGUUGUAGAAUUGAUAUUCUCACACUCAGCCAAGUUUGAAUUGCAUUGCUAUUCAGUUAUACUCUGUAAAUCUAGAGUCUGUAAACAAUCAAAGAUGGAUGCUAGACUUGCUCUUGCGAUUGCCAAUGGUGUGAUUGGAAAGCUUGGCGAGAUCGCCGCAGAGAAAGCAUUGAAUGAGGUAUGUCUGUUACUCAAAUUCAAAACUGACUUUAAAUGGUUGGAGAAGCAGCUCAGCCAGAUAUGUGCUUCUCUACAAGCUGCAGAUCAGCUUACUGGGCACAAUGAGCCUGUGAAAAAAUGGCUGGCGGAGGUGAGGAACAUUUUUUUUGAUGCAGAAGAUAUAGUUGACGAGUGUUCCGUUGAGCAUUUGUAUACAAAUACCAGUCAAUCAUGUGUGUGCAAUUGUAGUCAACUAGUCUUUCGGUAUAAGAUGGGGACGAGGAUUAAAGAGCUCAAAGGUAGGAUUAGCUCUACCAUUGAAGAGGCACAGCGGCUCAAGCUUUUCCAUGAUGUGGCCCAUUUAAGUCGGCCCUCAACUAGUACAUCCACAAUAGGAGGAGAAGAGUUGAGAAGAUGGGAUAUCUUCGAGACAAAUUCACCAGCAGUGGCUAUUGACCACAAGGUCGAUGAAAUUCUCACAUUGUUAGAUAACCCUGCCAUUGGAGUUGUUGCAGAUAACCCUGCCAUUGGAGUUGUUGCCGUCGUGGGAAUGGGCGGGCUGGGAAAAACAUUCCUUCUGCAGCAUGUCUACGACAGAACAAAGCAUAGGUAUGACUGUUCUGCCUGGAUUACUAUUUCACAGACUUGUUCUAAUCUUAGAAGCUUGCAAUGUGACCUAGCCUACCAAAUUAAUUUACAACUAGAAAGUGGUAUAACUGAUAGGCUAGUAGCUCAGUUGAUACAUGACAAAUUAGAGGGUAAAAGAUGUUUAAUUGUUCUUGAUGACGUGUGGACUAGCGUACAAGAUAAUUUGAUAUCAGGGCUUGGGCUUCCCUCUGCCAGCAAUAGGCAAUGUAAAAUAGUAGUUACCACCAGAAGAAGAGAUGUUGUACAAAAUAUGAGUGCGCACAUCUAUGAGAUGCAACACCUCUCAAAGGGUGAAAGUUGGGAUCUGUUUUGUUUAUAUGCCUUCCCAGAUCCUGAAAGAAAUAGGCCGUCUAAGCAGUUGGAGAGCUUGGCUCGUCAAGUUGCAGAAGAAUGUGGGAGGUUGCCACUCGCCCUAAAGACAGUAGCGGCAUCCAUGGCUAAGUCUUCCCUCAUAACAGAUUGGGAGUCAAAGUUGGGGAAAUUGAAAAAAAUAGGGAAAACAGAGGACUCCAUCAUGAAGAUUUUGAAGCUAAGUUAUGACUCUCUUUCUCCCAAUCUGAAAUCUUGUUUUGCUUCUUUAUCUUUCUUUCCAGAGGACACAUAUAUUUCAUUUUCUCCCUUAAAAGUUGCGAGAGCUAUACACCAGGACUGUGUAAUAUAUUUGUGGAUAGCAGAAGGAUAUAUUCCCCAAGAAGAAGACAGAGAACAAUGGGAUAUUGGGUUAGGUUAUUUACAUCAGUUUGAAAAUUUAUGUUUGUUGGAAGUAAAUAGAGUUUAUAGUGUUUACACUUUACAUGACUUGCUGUUUGAUCUGGCUGUAAAUAUUUGUAAAGAACAUGAAUGUGAAUUUGAUGUUCACUUCAAAGAAACAAUUUGCCGUAGGUUGUUACUGGCUAAAAAGGGUUUGGAUACAAAUGCAAUCUCAAAAAUGCCUCAACAUUGUCAGCGUUCACUCCGCACACUAUCGCUCUCUCAGAAUCCUGCUAUUACAAGUAUUCCAGAACAUUUGUUUGAUCAUGUGAGAGUACUCCGGGUGAUUGACUUGAGCCGCACUGCCAUCUACGACUUGCCAAAAUGUGUUGGGAAGCUGAAACUUCUCAAGGUUUUGAAUUUGUCUCACACAGAGAUCAGGGCGGUGCCGGAAUGUGUAAGAAGACUUAAGAGUCUUCAGUUCCUUGAUGUUUCCUAUUGCAAAAGCCUGCAACGUGUACCUGACUGGAUAGGUGAGCUCAAAUGCCUUUCCUAUCUCAAUGUAGAGUUUUGCUCAAAUGAGGUUAAAAGGAGUCAUAUGCCGAAGGGAAUAUCAUAGCUCUCGAGUCUGAGGACACUGAGAUCAGUUUGCUUCCCACUGGAUAGUGAAAACAAUGAAUUCUUAGAUGUUCAAGAUGUUGGCAAUUUGAUCGAUCUCCGAGAGAUAUCAUUUUUGUUAAGAGAUGUAGGGGCAUUGAGAAGUGUACAAGAUGCUGCCCUUGAUCGUCUGGUCGGGAUGAGAAAUCUAACAGUACAUAAUGAUGUUCCUGCAAGGGAGGGGGAUAGAGAAGAAUCCAGUUUUCCAGCGUUCCCAGAGAAAAUGAAAGUUAUGAAAGGUCUUCAACAACUUGAUCUAGGGCGUUUCUCUGUGCCAAGUUGGAUAAGUGGAUUGGAAAAUCUGAUAGAACUUUAUUUGGUCAACUGCAGUGAUUAUUCAUCGCUCCAAAAGAUGCCCAAAUUACAACUAUUGGUGUUGGUGAAUGAUUCGAAAUGCAGAGAACUGCCAAAGAACUUUGGAGAGAGUGGGGGAUUUCCUAAGCUAGCUAAGCUGCUCAUUGAAGACUUCCCUCUUUUGGAGGAGUUGCCGGCGUUGGAAGAGGGGGCGAUGCCACGUCUGGAAUUCCUAGGAAUAAGGAAUUGUCCGUUGGUGAAGAGAGUUCCGGAGGGAUUGGAGCGGUUGAGGAGACUAAAGGUGAUAAGGGUUGUUAAAGGGGAGGCAAGUGGUGAGUUAGAGGAGAGGUUAAAGGAAGAUUGGAAUAAAAUCAAAGCUAACAAUCCCCGCAUCCAGAUCUUCUUCAGUUAAAGGUAGGGUAGGGUAUAUGUUUGUGUUCUUUCAGUUUGUAUUUAUGAGUAUUUAUAAAUUUAGAAUAAAUAUUUUAUA